AUGGCUCCAAGAGCUUUCCUUUUUCUUGCUCUAGCUUUUGCUGUUGUCCUUCUCAUUACCUCCGAAGUGGCUGCAGCUAAGGAGUUGGCUGCAGGUGAGAUUAACGACAGUGGACGUGGCGGAUACAGCGGUGGUGGUGGGCGUGGAGGGAAUGACAAUGGUGGUGGCCGUGGAGGAAAUGAUAAUGGCGGUGGUCGCGGAGGGCAUGACAAUGGUGGUGGCCGUGGAGGAAAUGACAAUGGUGGUGGCCGCGGAGGAAAUGACAAUGGCGGUGGACGUGGAGGGCAUGACAAUGGAGGUGGACGAGGAGGGAACUACAAUGGUGGAGGAAAUAGAGGUUGCAGGUAUGGCUGCUGUGGACGUUCCUACGGAAGAGGAGGGUGCAGGUGUUGCAGCACAUUUGCAGAGGCAACUGCUUACAAACAAACUCAAAACUAA